GCCAGUCCAAAACUUGCUAUGCUAACUGUUCGAUCAUAAUGCAAAGUCUCGGCUUGAUUCAGUAAGUUGCAUCAGUGAGUGUGGAACCUCAACUUCCCAAAUGUUCUAGACAUGGAGCUGAAGCUCUUAUGCCCCUAGCUAUCUGCCUAUUUAUGUAGGUCAUGAAGUUUUAGCUGGUAACUAGCGAGUGUUAGUAGGAACCUUACUAGAGAGAUUGUUUUUGCUACCACAAGUUAGUAACGAGACGGCAGCGAUUCCGACAAACUGGUUACAUCAUGCAUACUCCACCAUACCGUCAACUCAUCGUCAAAGCCAACUUGCAAGAUUCAAGUUGUAUAAAGCCCGAGCCAGAGAAGUUCGCAGAACUAUGGGAAACUAUGGGUAGCCAAACCAACUGUGAACAAAGACUGCCGGAGAAUAAUUAACCGUCGUCACAUAGAGAGUUGAAAUGCCUCCUCACCACGAAAAGCAUCGUCGGUCAGUUGACGACUAUGGAAAUGGUCACGUAAAUGGCGAGCCGCGACAAAGCCAGCCGCGACAAUCACACUUUCAACAUCUGAGCCCGUUGGAGAAACACCUCGUCGCAGCAACAGGUGAAUUUGUCGGGACAUUCUUUUUCCUUUUCUUCGGGUAUGCAGGCCACCUGAUGGUGUUAGACCAAGGUGCAGCGACACCGGGCGCUACAAAGGUCAUCUACAUCUCGCUUGCUUACAGCUUCUCACUUCUCGUUACCGUUUGGACUUUUUACAGAAUCAGCGGUGGGUUAUUCAACCCUGCGGUCACCUUGGGUCUCUGUCUCAGUGGCCAACUGCCGUGGGCACGAGCAGCCUUUUUCAUCCCGACACAGCUGAUCGCAUGCAUGUGUGCGGGUGGUGUAGUAAAAGUUAUGUUCCCGGGUGACAUCGCAGCGGUGAACACAACAUUGGCUCCAGAAGUGAACUUGGCACAAGGUGUUUUCGCCGAGAUGUUCUUCACCUCAUACCUGGUCUUCGUGAUCCUUAUGCUUGCAGCCGAGAAAUUUGAAGGCACGUACCUAGCGCCAUUAGGCAUUGGAUUGGCACUCUUCGUCGCUGAAAUCCCCGCCCGCAGUUUCGGAUGUGCCGUCGCUGCGCCAAGUUUCCCGGGGUAUCACUGGAUAUACUGGGUUGGUCCUCUCCUGGGGGCUCUAAUCGCAGCUGGAUACUAUCGGUUCGUAAAGAUCUGUCAUUACGAAGAAGCAAACCCCGAGCAAAAUAAUGCUACUACUACUCCUCCAGAGGUGUAA